CUGGAAUCUUUCGUAGCGCUGCAAUGGCGAGCCGGUACGGGGACGAAUUCCGAGGCCGCGGUCGAGACCGCAGUAGAGAGCGUGGGUACAGUGGAAGUGGCGGCGAUAGAGGGUACGGCGGCCGAUCGGGGGGUGGGGGCUAUGGACGGGAUCGUGCGGGAAGCCGACGCGGGGAGCAGAGCGGAGGGGGUGCUGAGCAUUUGGCGCGCAUUCACGGCACAGAGGAGGACCGCGUGAACUGUCCGUUUUACUUCAAGAUCGGUGCCUGCCGACACGGCGACCGCUGCUCUCGACUGCACAACAAGCCCGUGUUCAGUCAGACCAUCCUAGUGAGCCACAUGUACCAGAACCCGAUCGCGCAGGUGAUCGCGCAGAACGGAGACCCAGCCUCGCUGGACCAGCGUCAAGUGGACGAGGAUUUUGAGGACUUUUACGAGGAGGUCUUUGAGGAGCUGUGCAAGUUCGGCAAGGUGGAGGAGCUCAACAUUUGCGACAAUCUGGGUGACCACCUCGUCGGCAAUGUGUACGCCAAGUAUGAGGACGAGGAACAUGCCGCGGCAGCUCAGAAAUCUUUGUACGGACGCUUCUACGCAGGUCGCCCGCUCGUGUGCGAGUUCUCUCCAGUGACAGAUUUCAGGGAAGCACGCUGCCGCCAGUUCGAUGAGGGAACUUGCAACCGCGGCGGCUACUGCAAUUUUAUGCACAUUAAGACGGUAUCGCGAUCCAUGCAGCGCGAGCUAGAGAGAAUGUUCAACCGCGGGAAACGUGACAAAAGUCGUAGCAGAAGCAGGAGCAAGAGCAGAAGCCGCAGUGCAAGCCGCGGACGCGGGCGGCAGUCGCGAGGCCGCUCUCGCUCGCGUAGUGGGUCGCAUGAUGCUCCAAAGGCCGAAUCCUCCCGUCGCAAGGGCAGUCGUAGCUGCUCCCCGUCGCCUGCCAAGAAAGACCGUCGUAGUCGCUCACGCAGUCACAGCCCGCGAUCUCCCGUUCGGGGCUCGAAGCGCGAUACUGCCAGGACGGAAGGGGAUGCUGUGGAGAAGAAGGAUUGAGGGACCUUUUUUACUGCAGAUUAGAUCUCUUAUUCGUUGCUGCAUAGGUCGGGCUACCGAGAGGUGGGUAGUGAGACUGUCUGUUGCUGCCUUUGCCACCUUCUCGGUUUGAAACCUAAUACAUGAAUCCAUUCGAAUGAGUCCAAA